AUGGCACCGCAUCACGAGCCCUUCAAGGGCCUCGCGCCUGUAAAAUGGUCUUCCGUCGAAGAGGAGGAUCCCAAAGAAUUCCUCGGCGGCGUCUUCUCUGAUGCCCAGACGAUAGUCGACUCAAUCCCCGUCCCCGCCGCCGUCAAGCAGGCCACGACGGGCCGCGCUCGUUCACACACCGAUCCGCCUCAGCCUGUCGCCGACAUCAACCGCAGCCUUUCCCAGCAGCGCCAGUCCGCCGCCUCCCUCAGCCUGUCGCGUGACCUGGCCAAGGAGUGGAAGGAGGUCAAGGUGAACCCUAGGGACAACCCGCUCGCCAUCAACGUCUAUAAGCUCGCCUCCAAGGACGGCAAGGGUAGUUGGUUCGCGCGGCGCAGUGUUCACGAUGGCCUCACCUUUGAGAAGUGGAAGCUAGGCCUCGAAAAGGAGUUUGCCGAGUCGAUGAAGGUUCAGACGGGUCCUGGAGCCGGCGCUAUCCGUGGAAUUGGCGCGGAGAAACGGGUUGUUCAUCAGGUUGUCGAGGGCGCCGGGAAGAUGGAAGUUUUCCAAUUGUCGGCGCAGUUCCCGGGUCCGACCGCUCCGAGGGACUUUGUCACUCUGCUCCUGACUUCCGACUUUUCCGGCAACCCUCCCGCACAGGAAGGCGGGAGGCGACCGCUUAGAACCUUCAUGAUCGUCUCGAAGCCGUGCAUACAUCCCGAGUGCGCCGAACGGCCGGGCUACAUUCGAGGGCAGUACGAGUCGGUGGAGAUCAUCCGCGAGAUCCCUUCCGACAAGCCCUCAAUCACCCGUGCAAAGUCAUCGAUCGAUCUGAGCCACGACGGUCCGAAGGAAAGGCAAGCAGUCGCCGAAUCCAUGGGCAGAGAGGCUGUUCUGCGGGCGGCCAAGAAGGCUGCUGACCCCGAAGGCGGACGACAGCGCGGAACUUCUGUCGACAGUGCACCGGCGAGAGAUGACGCCGGGCACAGCGCGGAAGGCAUUGACGAGGAAGCUUCAACGACGGUUGAGUGGUUGAUGGUAACUCGCAGUGACCCUGGCGGAAACGUGCCCCGGUUCUUGAUCGAUCGCGGCACGCCUGGUGGUAUCAUCGGCGAUGCAGGCAAGUUUAUUAAGUGGAUGACCGCCAAGGCUGCAGACGAUUUCACGGCGUCAGACACGGAGCAGGAGGAGACAAAGGAGAGUGCCAAGCAAGCCGAGGCUGAAAAAGUCGCAUCACCAAUGGAGGUCGCUAAGGAGCCCACGUCCAAUCUCGUACCAGAUCCGUCGGCACAGGAUGAGACUGUCCCGCCAAGUAGCAACGGCCUCUAUGGUAUUAUCUCAGGGGCCUUCGGACUGGCAGGGUCUGCAGUGGCAAGUCGGCUCCCUAACGGUCUGCCCGGCAUGUUCCAGGCGCCAAGCACCAACGGCUCGAUAGCUGAGGAAGACGAGCGCGACGAAGAGACAAACGAGAGCGAUACCUCGUCCAUCCGCAGCUUCGCGUCGGCCGUUGAGAAGACGGAUGAGGGCGAGGCCCUCACGCCUCCGGACGUUACCCACCAAGACACCAUGUCUCUGCACUCGUCUGGUUCGGGAGCCAACUCCCUGCACAAGUCGACGACCUCGCAUCACGACAGGGAGCUCAAAAAGCUCCAGGAACGCCGGAAGAAGAUGCAGGACAAGAUCAACAAGAUGCAAGAGCGCAUGUCUACCAAGCGCGCAGAAGACACGCAACGCGAUGCCGCCCAGCAGGCCAAGUUGCGGGAGAAACAUGACAAGGAGAUUGCCAAACAGGAAGAAAAGUACCGCCGCGAGCUCAAGAGGCUCGAGGAGCGACGGGAGAAUGAGGAACGCAAGGCGGAGGAGAGGAGGCGCAAGCAAGCCGAGAAGGAGGAGAAGGGCAACAUGGCCAUGGAGCUCGAGCGGGUCAAGACAGAGCGUGACCUCGCGCUGAAGCAGAUUGAGGUGCUCAAAGGGCAGAUUGGAGACCUGCAGAGCCAGAACACCAUGCUUGUGGCCAAGAUGGGCCGCCUGGGUGGGCUGAAGAGGGAGGAUUCGGCGGCGUGGAGCACGUCGGGGGAGAAGUUGACCACCCAGAGUGUCUCGAGCUAG